AUGCGAAAGGUGAAUGUAGACCCGCCUCUCUCGACCACCCAAUGUCCCAGGGUCAGAAUGCAUCCGGCAGGUCAUCGUCUGAUCAUCAGGAGGAUACUACCCAGCCUAUUCCUGCUACUGAGGUUGGUGACAACUUUCACAUAGGUGAUGAUAGUCAGUCCGAGGACCAGGAAAUCUAUGAUGCUGAUGAUGAAGAGUUAAGGGAAGAGGAAGAUAUCUCAUCAUCCCUGCGUCUUGGAGAUAUGGAGAGUAGUGAGCAGGAAUCAACUGCAAGAAAAGCAUUUGAAGUCAAGAUGCCACAGCCAUCGCAAUUCAGAGGAGGGAAUGCAGCAGCCGCUACUGCAAAGCCAGCAGAUAACCUCCAGUCCAUGCUGUCAAUCUCACCUCCAAGAAGAGCGUCAUCUUCUUCGGCGGACUCUUCUACGAGCUCGUCCUUAGAGGAAGGCAAGGAGGUACCAGCGGAUGAAGGGGUUUCUCAGGGGGAUUCUCAAGGAAACACCGACAUAUUACGAGAAACCGAGCCUUCUGUGCUACCGUCGUCAUCGAUCGUUGACGACGAAGACUUGAAGGAUGAGAAAACCUCCUCAUCGUCUCCACAUCUUAUAAUUAGAGAUCAGCUCCCAAGCCAGGAGGAGAGAGCCAAGCAGGAGUCAACUGUAAGAGAAGUCAGGAAACCAGCUGAAACCAAGAUAGCAGAGCUAUUACAACGCGGAGGAGAGACUGUGGCAGCCGAUGCUCAGACAGCAGCAAAUGGUCUUCAGUCUAUGCCAUUCAGCUCACCUCCUAGAAGAUCAUCGUCUUCUUUGACCGACUCUUCUUCGAGCUCGUCCUCAGGAGAGGCGAAUGAAAUAACUGUUAAACGAAGAUCACAAGAUCACCAGGAAAAUACAAACCAGAAGAUCGGUCGGGAAAUCAUGCAGAAAGUUGAAGCCACGACCGCACAAGAUAACAGGUACAGUGGAUAA